AUUGUUCGUUUUUUUAAGUGACAACUAACUCUGACUAUGAGAGGGCUAUUGAUCAUUAGGGCGUAACGACGUAGGCGCGCGAAGCUGAGGGGGAAUCCCCAUGUUUUGUCGAAUUUUUAUUCUGGCGCUAAGAGCUUUUGUUUUAAUAUUUUGGUAGCCGCAAGAACGAAUAAAUACUGCGGAUGGAAUGGCUCCUGUUCCACUGAAAGAAAUCAUUAUAUUUUCAUCUGAGGACUCUCGUUUCCCUGCACAAAAUAUCAUCAAAGGUAAUAAAUGGAUGACCAAUGUGAAAGAUAAUACAGGGAAAGCUGUGAUUGAAAUCCAACUUGAAAAAGCAUCACAGAUUCAUUAUAUUGAUAUAGGCUAUUGCAAUGUUGCAUCACUGGGUGUCACAGUUGGUCGAUCAUCCUGGCCAUCGUCACGACAACAUGUGGUUCUCCUAGCAACAGUUAUUCUUCAAACUCCUCUUGAAGCAAGAGCAGGAAAGAAUAAAACUGGAUGUAGGAUGUUCAAUUAUCCUGAACACUUGAAUUCUGAAUAUGCGAAUGAAAAAUGGGAUCGAGUUAGAAUUAAUCUUCAGCAGCCGUUCGUAAGAAACAAACAGAUUGGUCUGGAGUUUGUUCGGAUCGGAUCAGCAAGAAAUAUUUCAGGAUCUGCGCAGUCAUCACCAUCUCCAGCACAAACAGCAAUCCAGGGUUCCUGGAAAAAUUCAGCGAUUGCUAAACUUGCAGAUGCCAGCAACAUUAGAAGGUGA